AUGUCUGGCCGAGGUGGAUUCCGUGGUGGUAGCCGAGGAGGAUUUGGUGGUGGUGGCGGAGGUGGCCGUGGAGGUGGUCGUGGAGGAUACGGUGGUUUCGCUCCUCAGGGACCACCUGACACCGUGCUUGAGAUGGGAUCUUUCCAGCACUCUGUCGAGGGAGAGAUGCUCUGUUCUUCUCUUAUGCCCACUCGAGUUCCUUACUUCAACGCACCCAUCUAUCUGCAAAACAAGACUCAAAUCGGCAAAGUCGACGAGAUCCUUGGACCUAUCAACGAGGUCUACUUUACAGUAAAGAUGCAGGAGGGUAUGCUCUCGACAUCAUUCAAGAAGGAUGACAAGGUCUACAUCGGAGGAGACAAGCUCCUGCCCAUCGAGAGGUUCUUGCCCAAGCCAAAAGCUCCCGCUGCCAAGGGAGACACCGCUGGCGGGGCUCGAGGCGGUAUGCGAGGUGGCGGCCGAGGUGGAGCCCGGGGAGGCGCCAGGGGCGGAUUCGGCGGAGGAUCCAGGGGCGCACCAAGGGGCGGGCGAGGUUUCAGCAGAGGAGGGUUUGGCGGCCGUGGAAGGGGUCAGUGA